AUGAAUAGCAUUGUGAGAGAUAUCCUCCCCGACGACACGGUCUUCCCUGAAGACCUGCUAGAGCUCGGGUUCGUCAUCACCGACGAUGACACGAUCCGGUACGUCGGGUCCCCGGACCAUGGCCCGCGGUUCAAGAUCAACCGGAGUGCGCGCAUCAACAAGGCUCACAUUGAGGCCUUGCAUAAGGCGAUCCGUACCAUCGUGAUUGACCGGCUCGUGGGAAUGGGGAUGCAUUUUAAGAAGAUCUCCAUGGGCAGCAAGCGUCAUGUGCCCAUCCUCGUGUCGGGCAAUGUCUACACUGCUUCUCGGGUUGUUGUCUUCUGCGGUGAGAUCAUCGAAGAUUUGGGUAUAUUCUCGUACCGUGACGUUUGCGACGACGGCGUUUCUUUCGGUUCGAUCCUUGCCUUUGCGAAGGCCCUGCUCGGCGAGAAUGCUCAAAAUUCACCAAAUGCCCUCAUCAUUGCGAACGCCGGUCACAAUAUCUGGUACAACUCAGGUUGGUACGCCGUGACCGAAGACAGUUAUCAUGGUCACCACUGCAGCCCUGCUGUGGACCGCGAACGUCAACUAAGUCCUCGUAACACUUUUGACAAAGGCGGCAUCGUUGAGCACAUCCGCAACAUCUUUGAAGGAAUCUUGAUCCGCAACAACUUCGAAGUCGAUGCAAAAAUCGACGUCAUUGGCCUGUCUGAAGGCGGCCAUGCUGCCAUUACAUACCUGAAGAGUCAAUGGAGUUUCUGGUUUCCUAACGUCUCCUCCCUGUCCCUAAUCAAUCCCGAGACCAUUGCCAAGACCGAUACCAAUAUUGAGGACCUGAACGAUCCAAAGUCUUUCUCGUGGUUCAUGAAGUACCGCUGCCGUGGCUGGGUUAUCUGUGAUAAACCGAUUGGCACGCGUGUGCCUGGUCUUAACCACCUUCACGGUGGUUGCAACACGUACUCGUCUGGGGAAGGCACCAAGUCAUCGUGCAUGGUCACUCGUGGUGUGACACACAUCUUGACAUGGAUGAAUGUCAUGUAUCUAUGCCCAGCAGCGAUGGAGAAGUUUGAUGUGAUUCCUGGCGAGACCGAUCUCAAUAGCAAGAUGAUUUCCGCAUCACUGGGCAACAACAUUGAACUCACUGAUGACGAGGUUGAAAUGCGCACCUCCCUGAACCAUCUCAAAUCUUUCCUGACCGGUGUCAUGCUCACCGAUAAGAUGACUACCUUUUUUAAGGAUAAGCACGCCGAUGAGAUGGCUAGCUUUGCAAAUGACAACGGUGACAAUGAUGACACUUCCAGUGACAGUGAGGCUUCGAUCGUUGACGGAGUUGAGGAAGAUGACGAAUAUGACAUUCGUAUUGAUUCUAUUCCUGGCCCUUCUAACCCGUUUGCACCGGCGGUUCCUUCCGCACUUCAUGACAACUUUGUCUCCUCCGCGCUACGUGACAACCUUCCUGUCACGGCUUCUGAUGCUCCGAUUCCGGAAGGUGACCGAGCUGGGAAAGAGGACGGAUAUGAUAAUCGCCCUGACCUUGUGACUGGCCCUUCUGAUAUGGUUGCUCCGGCGAUUCCUUCCGCAAUCCAUGACGACCUUGUUUCUUCCGCGCUAUGUGACAAUCUUCCUGUCUUGGCCGCUGAGGCUUUAGUUUCGGAAGGUGCACACUAUGAUGAUGUUAUCAGAGGCCAGACUGGCCCGUUCGACCUCAGUGAUCUGCAGAAUAUCCGCGAAGAGGUGGAAGAGGAGUAA